AUGGCCUCUCUUCCGCUAGAAAUUAUCCACCGCAUAUUCCAGUUCGUCGCUACCGACGAAGACAAUCAGUGUGAGCUCCUUAGCUCUUCCGCCUACUGGUCUUGCCCACUUCGGACCCAAGAGGUAUUGUGGACUCACCGCAUAGAUGUAGAGAGGAGGGCUUGGAACACGUGGGUCACGUUCCGGAUGCUUUGUCGCGCCUGCAACGAACUUAUAUCGGACCGGAUGGGGCACUCAGCUGUUGAUGUCGGCACCGAGACAGACUUCCGUAUAGUUGUUCCACGAGGCCAAUCCCGCUCUACUUCAUUGAAGCGCUUCAGAGCCUUUGAUAUGGCUGGUUGCUUUGAUGACUUAUGGAGCAUAUUGAAUGUUAAUAACGAAACGAUGGAGUCUUUCUUCGUCGAGAGGGGCAACGCACCCAACGAGAUCGAGUGCGGCUAUUCGUUACCGUCCGCGGCUCUCGUGUUCUCGACUUUUCCCAGGCUGACAACGUUCACUCAUCGAACAAACGCUGCCACCAAAUGGUUCAGCUUCCGCAAUCUUGUCGAGCUUCUUCGCUACUCGCCCGAACUAAAACAUCUAACAAUCUUUCAGCUGGCGGGACCACAAUCUGAAGAGGACGCGAGUCAGCUCAUGCAGAAUCAAGGCGCACCAGCUUGCCAGUUAAGCUCGUUGCAUAUCCGACGAGUCCGGCGGAUGAAUGGUGAAAUGCUCAAACAUAUUGUUGCCAACUCCCAUGAGAGUCUCUGGCAACUCAUGUUUGUUUUGGAAAGUGCUGUAAGCAUUUUCACGAGGAGUCAUCUUGUCGAUCGAGGAGUCGGACGUGCCAUGGACAUCUGCGAUGCAUUUGAACCAUGCAAACAGAUCGAGACCCUUCGUAUGGCGGAUCUGAUGUAUGAUGGCUCGCCCUCCGUAGGGGAGCAAAGGCGAGAGGUGUUCAACCGCGAGUCUCCCCUGAGCUCUGUUGUGGAAAAGUUGACGUCCGGCUUGACUCACUUGCAAACCCUUGAACUUUGCGGUACGAUUAAGCUGGAAGCGCUAUACGAUCGACAUGAAAUACUGGUUCCGUUCAAGCUUAAGUCUCUCUUUAUCGAUCGGUAUUAUCAGUACCGCUUUGACCGCGUGGGGUUUCAGUUACGCCGGGACAAAGGACCAUUCAGCCAGCUGGAAAAACUGGCACUGGACGAGCAAGUCGAAUUCAACGCCCUCGCCGACGCGAGUGAGUGGGAGAGGUUCAGAGAGACUUGUCAACGCCGAGGAGUUCAACUCAGAAUUCACCGGGACAACCCAUUGCGGAACCUGGAGGUUGAACCGGAUAGCCUGGCGGCCCAGUUCGAGCGGCUGGCAGUUCAGCCCUUGUGA